AUGGAGUAUGCUUUGGCUGAGGUCCGUACUCACGUGGACGUUCUUUACAAUGCUUCAGCACCCAGGACUGGAAGAAGACCUCGCACAGGAAAGAUAGAGCGACACAAGGCUGUUGUUGCUAUACGGAAUGCGAUUUCUAAGAAAUCUACUAUCAACGCACUCACCGCUGCCUCAGUCCAGGAGAUGGUGCGUGGACCCCAGGAAGACUCAUCAGGAGGAAUUCCACCGUUAGGAUGGGUGGAGCUUGCAAUAGUUCUGUUAGAGACGUUGAAUCAAGCUUGUAGUGACGCCUUGACAUCAAGGGCUACCUCGAAAACAGGAAGAGUAACGUUCAGAUCCGAGUUGGUUUUUUGCUUCAAGGAGGUGCUCAAGCUCUCCCUUGCCAAUGGGCCUGCAGGUGUCAUUCGACCUGUAGUACCAGCCUUUCUCUUCUUUGCACAUCAGUGGCUCUCAGAGCCAUCCUUGAGACCACUGCUGGCUGAUCAAGUAUGGCAGUGCGUGAGAGAUAUUCUCCAAGAUGAUGCAAAUCGCGCUAUGCUCACUCCUCCCUUCAUUCGUACUUGGGUUGAUGUCUGCGUUGAACAACUCACAAACAGAGGUCCCCUCUAUCAUUCAUCGACUGUUGUGUCACAGCUAGCAGGUGAUGUUUUAGAGACAAUAGCGCGAAAUGUGGACAGCUACGAUACCCUCACUCAAAGCACAAAGUCAUUGGCGCCGAGUAAAAUGCUUGGUGGUGAUUUUGGGUAUGCCAUUGUUUGUGAAAGAUGCUGCUUCAUGCUGGUCAUUGCGGAAACAAAGCGAAGAGCUUCUCCUCGAGACGCCCGCCAGAUCCAGGCUGUCGCCUUUCGAACACUCACUGCGACGCUAAGCAAUCAGUUGCUGGAUGCAAUCGGGAGCAACGCUGUUGAAUCAAUAAUUAACGUCAGCCUAACGGCGAUGAUCGCAUGUUGGACGGACAGAAGGCAUCACGACGUUGCUGUAUCUCUUGCAAGAGUACUUUUGCUUAUAGCCCCAACACACAGAAAGCUAGUGGAUACGUGUCGGCAGCGGCUGCUUGUAGACUUGCGUGAUGAAGGGUCCUCAGCUGUCUUAAGAGCAGGGCAAGAUGUGAAGGAUGACUUUGUGGAUUGCGCAGCUUCAUGCUUCUCCUUGCGGGAAAGCCUCCAUUUUGCCUCCUCCCCCGAGUCUAGCUGGGGAUUGGUAAUUGUGUGGUUGCGGGUAUGUAUAGCGAUUCUGUCUCGACGUGUCCUGAAAAAGGGAACAACUAUUGUUCUAGAUGCACAAGACGCGUUGGAUCAGUGCACUUCAGCGGCAGAAGCUGUCACUGCGAUCCUCCGAGGGCACGAGAAAAUACAGGAGUCGUUUUACGACGAAGUUAUACGCUGUUGCACUCGCACAGUGAAUCUGGCGGCAUGCAUUGCAGAUAGAGUCGCUGUCGACCGCAAAGCUACAAACUCGUUUGCACAGGAAUCUUGGAACGACUUGUACGUGGCUUUGCGAGAGCACGUACGAAAGAUGAAGUACUCUGUGCCUCGAAGAGGUAAAUAUGGAGUAGGUGGCCAGAAUGUUCAGACCGACGAGCACUUGCUGCAGUCUUUAUCUCUGCUCAGGUCUCUACAGCUGUUUGAACAUUGGCCCGCAAGAAUUGAUGCCAUGCACAUGGACAGCCAGAGCGCUCUUCCCUAUCCUAUAUCUCGACUAACUUCGUCGAAACAUGUUCCUUCUGCAAUGGAAAUUGAGUACACCAGAACUUUGAUAGCGCGAAAUGGCGUCCCAGACCUCCAUGGACGCCGUCUUCGGCUGCGCCUUGCGCUUGCCCUGGUUGGACUAUGUAAAGACUUUGACGCUUCAAGGACAUCUGCGGUGAAGACAUUAGUCGAUGCCUCUUGCGUAGUGCUUGGGCUUGCGAGGGGGGAAUGCACGAUAAGCCAUUGUCCGGCAGGGAAGAGCUGUGUUGACGUGGAGGAGCACAUUUCGAAAGGGCUUGCUUCCGAUGCAUUCAAUGCUUUUCAGUCUUACUUUGGGUAUUGUGCCAGCGAAGAGAAGAUCAUUGGUGAGGGAAGCAGACUCGUUGCGAAAGUCAAGCAACAAGAACUGGUUUGGCCUUUAAGCUUUGCUUCAGUCGGUAUAAUUUCUGGUGUUUCUGAAGAAUCAGCAGUGACUCCUGAUUGCGACAAACACCUGUCUGGUGUUCAAACAAGAAAACACUUCUCAGUUGACCCAGCAAUAACUGAUGAGAUUGAAACUAGUAUUCUUUUGAAAGCAAACGCGUUCUUGAACACGACGAGAGCUGUAUCCCUGAGAAAGAUGGGUGUCUCUUACACGAGUGUAUCGGAGCACUCUUCAGAGGUUGAAGAGGCUCACCACUUGUCCGAGGAACACCUCUCGUACUCUAAAGCAAAGCUCAUCGUCUUCCUGGGGAGCUACUUGCUACAGGGCAUAUCCCUGGGAACAAUUUCUACUGGGAAAAAGAUAACUCCGAAUGAAAACAGAGCUAGCGAGGAAUUAAUGAAACUUUUGACACAGCUUACGAAAUCGUUUUCGUGUUCUCCCUUCACAAUCUUGGUGUCUAGGAUUGAGUUGUCGCUCGGUGUGAUACAGGUAUCAUGCUCGCUUUUAAAAUCGCUCGAGACCUGUCUGAGGCCAUCUUCAGGAAGUAGAAUGCAAGAUCAUUCUGUUUGGGUUCAACUACUGCAAGCACUAUCGAAAUCAAUGUCUUCUAUCUCUGCCAAACUCUCCACAGGUCUUGCCGAAGCAUGUGUGACGCAAACGAAAGAGAAUAUUAGGAAAAUCCAUCAGUUCACGAAUGGUAAUUUAAGCGAUCCAUCAUCUCAACAGUUGUUACCGUUGAAAAGAAGCAGGGGUCCAACCUCACCCUCUACAAGACAUCGAGCCAAGAGGAAACGUGUUUCACGAGGACACCUGGAUCUUGAGAGGAGAAAAGAUGAAAAUGAUCACAGGGACAUGAUUUCCAGUCAUGAGGACCACAACGCGUUUGGUGAUGAAGGUAGCAACCACUUUGAUUCAGAUUCUUCAGAAUCAGAUGGUUUUGGUUUUGAUAACUUCGAGACAGAUCAAAACCAGAUGCGUGGGGAACGUCGACGCAACCCAAGAGAGCAGAUAUCUGCUUCUCGACUUGCCAAAAACGCUUCUUGUUUGCUACGAGCAUGCGUAAAAGAGCUACCCACAGUAGAAGAUCUUGUCCUUGACAACAUCUUAGAAGGAAUUCAACACCUUGACGAUUUGGAAAGUGCAUUGAGCCCGGAUGGAUUUGAACGAUCGGCUCUAGCAUCCACUCUCGUCGAUCAUACAUUUCUCGACUUGCGCACAUCAUUGUGGGUUGUGUUGUUUUCUCUGCGAACAAAUAGAGCCGUCGAAGCUGCCGCCCGUGAUUUGCUGAAAGCAGGCCUGUAUUGGAGGGGCCUCGAGACGACUGCCCACCAAUACGUUUCGUUUUACGUGGAAUCACUGCAACUUUCGAACAACAGUCGCAAGCAUUACCCGCUGCCCUGUUUUCUUGAGCAGUUUCGGAUUUCAUUUCUCGACCAUGCACGUAUCUUUCUGAAGAAAUGUCAGCUCCCGGAUGACUCAGAUGCGGUGGAGCCCAAUCGCGCGCAUAUCCGUGAACCGCAGAGGUGUCCUUUGCAUUUAGUCAGUAGUAUUGUUGAAGUUUCGGAACAUUUUAGAACACGGCACGCCUUCAGAAUGCCCCGAAUGACUCGUGUUUCUUACUACCGGUUUGGACUAGCGGCAUUAGAACUGUUCUGUGCACGACCAGUGGAUCUAACUGCCGUGACGGAACAAGAAUCUCCCCAGUCCACGACUCUACAAAACAUGAUACAGGCAAUUCGAGCCGCGCUUUUGAAGUUUUUGUCUGAUUCUGAGGCCACCGUCCGUUUCGUGGCAGCUCUGCUGUUCCCGCGGUUACUCGCGACUUUCAAAUGUCCAGUAUCACAACUCGAAACGAUUCUGCGAGACAGUAUUCCGCAGAGCAGUGCGUGUCGGGAGAGCGCCUCAUACUACGGAAAGGUGAUUGGAGUGCGUACCGGAGCGGAUACUCAAAAUGCUGUUGUGACACAAUUAAGUCUAUCAGCACAUGAGCAGAUUGGUUGCGCUUCCAUAAGUGAGUCAUUCCGCGCGAUAGGGGCUCGGGCAAAGGCUCACACCGUAUUUGUGGCUCUUUGCGAAUUGGGCAGUGUACGGGAGGAUCUUUUACCAUUAUGUUUGCUGCUGAUACUCUUGCGUGUGCUCAAGAAUGGCAAGCACGUUUCUGCGGCCUAUCAAGCCCUUGUGCGAUUGUGCAUGACAAAAGGAUACCGCAGCCCACGCCACUUGUAUCACACGUUUGCAAGGUUACUACUAUCGAAAUGGUUCCAACAUCCUCAAGCACUUCAAUGGUUGUAUCAGUUUCCUGCCUCCGUUCUAGUGGACGUGGACCAUCAUCGAGAUGGAGUACUUUUCGAUUGGAUACGAGAACAGCAAUCAGUGAUACUUCCACACGUGUUAGUUCUAGAUACUGCCCCAUCUCUACCUCGAACGACGGAACUGGCUGAAGCAAUUGGCGUUGACCUGAAAGUUCUGCUGUCCACAAAUGUUGCUUCUUCAUCUCUUAUAUUUCCAAUGCAGUUUGCGGGAAGCUUACAUGAAAGGGGUCGAGCUCUUUGGAAGGCAGUCGAUAACGUCCUUGAGGGAAAGUCGAAGGAGCUUAUGUUCAAACACAAGACUGAAGUCUUGCGGUCCUUUUUGGUUAGCACAUCUUUCCAGCACACUGGGCAACCCGAAAUUCGGCAUAGAUUGGAUCAGGCGAAGAGCCUUGGAUUUUCAAGAGAUACACGCGAAGUACAGCCACCACUUUAUGAUCCUCUAGUCGUGGCUCUGGCGAUUGACCAAUUGUUCGAAGUUGACUCCAACAGACUAAUCAUUCAGAGGAGCAUUUUGAAGGGCUCUCUCUUUUCCGAUCUUAGGGACGAAGAGAAUGGAAUAUGUCUCGCUGCAAACUUCAACGGGUUCUUGGAAGAAUGCCAAAAGAGCAAAGUAUUUCUCAUCCGCAUGCUCGUAAUGAUUUCAAAUUUUCUCAUGGGCCCGCCAAACCCGAAACCUGCACAGCACCGACGCGACGCAUUCUUUUGCGUCGGAAUGCUCUGGCGCACACUGGGUGUCAAUAUUCUUGUCAAAUCGUCCAGUGAGCGCGUCAUUUUUUACAAGUUGAUGGCUAAGGGAUUUGAACACUAUGAGACUGUUCAUGACGCAGCCUGGCUCCUGCUAGAGGUUCAAAAGGAAAUGUCUUGUAUGGCUGACCGUUAUCCCGAAGUGAAUGUUAUUGCUACUGAUCUUCGUGUGGACCCGGCGGAGAGUGAACAUUUGCACUGCAUGACCACCUCUAGUGAACGCCAGAUGUUUGAGUUGUUAAGUGCUGUAACACCCGUUCUGGUAUCCAUUAUUUCUAAGUCUACUCGCGCCUCAUCUGAUGUUUUGAAUAACGUUUCUCUUGUCGCAUUGAACAACCUCGUACAGGUUUGCUACGAUGAAGGGCUUUGGACAUCAAUUCUGUGCAAUGGACCCUACCCAAAGUCGAAGCACUUUUUAAAAGUGAGAGCACUAUAUGAAGCCUCGAAGGCAAGCGCUGAGUGCAAUCCAACAGAAGAUGCUGCUGGUGCCAUCGUGGCGGGUUUGAAGCGCUUUCAUGUUGUGUGUCGACUGCGAGCACAGAAUGAGUCCUUCUUUCCAACUUUCGCAUGUAUUCAGGAGUUGCACAGGCUACUAUCAGACUCUGCUGUAAGUGAGCUCUCUCGUCGGAUGAAUUCAGAGGCUUGGGUGAGAAGCAAUGGCCAACACGAGCAAACUGCUCCACAUGUGCGACGCGCGAUAGCGUGUCUCAUUCAAUUUGUCCAUGCAAUUGAGAGAGAUUUGCGGAAGCGAAAGCCAGAGGGAAGUUUUGUAUCUCGGACGUCUACUCGACUCAUUGACAACGAGAGGGCUAAGAAAAUGGAAGGAAUGGCUCAUGAGAUAGCCGACGUCAUGGCGUUGCUUGGUCUUCUUCAACCGCAGUCAGAAAUGUACAUACGCGGUGAGUCACGGCACAAGUUAAUUCCUAGUUUGGCACUAAACCAGGGCUAUGAAGAAAUUUCCUGUGGAAUUAGGCUAAGUCUCAUUCUUUUGCUCAAAAUGGUCCAUGGUUCCUCCCCAAUUGCCGCCGAAGCUGCGAUAACUACCCUGAUCCAAAUAUUGGGAACUGAGGACGGGAAGAGGUUAUACGCUCGCGACAAAUUUAAUCUGGGCAUCUGCACGCCUUUUCGAAAUGCAGCGCGAAAACUAGCGGUGACCGCCGGCUCUUCAAGUCCUGUAAAUAUCAUUGAUCCCAGCACCGGGGAACCUGCGCCCUGGGCAUCCUUCCCGGCGCUAAUGGAUUCGCAAUUGUGGGAUAUCAACAAGGACGAGCGUCUCUCAUUGCCUGGGGAUGAAAGUUGGAUGAGACGAUUCUGCUGCGUGCUUGCAAAUAUGUGUGAGUCGGGAGCACUGAAGACUUUGUCGGUGCCGUGUUAUAUUUCGUACCAGUUUGCAAGUGAGAUGCUUCCAUACUUGUUGAUGGAUGUUGUUACACAAAACAAAAGUCAAAAUCAUGUGGACAUGGGGUAUUUGCUCUGCGAAAAUAUCCUGAACGAUCCGAAGACUCCUUCAAAUAUAAUUAGAGCUUUCGUUCACGCACUUGACGUCUUGUGUCAAGUAGGCUCCCGGGUGAUUUGUCAAAAAGGGAUAACAUCAGCGAUCGAAGAGGGCAAAGCUUGGCCCAUUUGUCGGCCGAGGUAUGUUCUAGCAGUGCCUUACAUCGACGCAGCGCGAGCUGCUCUACGAACUGGGUGCUACUUUUCAGCUGUUCGAUUCUCUCAAAUGCAUGUUGACGAAAAAGUUGCAGAAAGGGAGUUUCGCAUCUUUUCCGGGACACAGAAUCACAAAACAGACCGUAAACGGUCUUCUUAUAUGACUCGUGAUUCUUCUGUCGAGCGAGCGGAGGGAAAUGCAAGGAAUGAUGUGAAGGAGAUUUUGCUAUUGGCGAUGACAAGAAUCCAAGAGCCAGAUGGAGUGCGCGCUUUUGGGAACAACGCCGAUUUAUCACAAGCUGCGGCUGGGCUAGCAAUGCUGGAUGAAGACUGGAUAAGGUCUCUUAGCGCAUUGGACAUCGCUUCUCGAAUGACCAGGGGCUCGAGCUGGUCUAUCGCGAGACAGUCAACUGGUGAAAUCGAGUCUGAGAUGCUUGACAUGAACCGGGAGCUUUCAUUAUUUCAUUCUUUGCUCCGCCUUGGCACGCUCUCCAUAGCGACAGACUAUUGGAGUGGCCUUCGAUGCCGAACCUCGAAAAAUGGUCUGCAGCAUCAAGACGCUGCUCCAUGCGAUGAGAAUUCGCCAAUAGAAAACCUAAAUGAUCUCCGGUAUGCUGUUGCCUGGAAGCUGGGACAGUGGGAAUCACCGGCUUUGCUUCCUUCAUGUUUGCCUUCUGCAGGAGGAACAGAGCGUCCCCAUGGAUUUCACUGUACCAUUUAUCGCGUGUUACACUCGUUUCGUACAGAACGUUUUGUGGAAGCAUGCAAGCUUCUGUCAAGCAGCAAAACGAGGGAGCUCUUGGGUCUCGUUCGGGAUAGCUCUGGUGUAUCUGCUGGAACGGUGUAUGCAACUGCAGCAAGGCUCCAAAUCUUCCGAAUCUUGGAAGAAGCUCAGCUCCAAUGCUCUCCUCCUGUCACUGAAGCAGGGAAAGAAUCCCAGUGGUUCGACGGCGAGGGUAAGACUCGAAAUCCCACAGCCCCCGCACUACAAGCAAAUGUUGAAUUCAGGAGCGAAUUCGACAGAGAUUCGGAAGAGCAGGUAAUACUACGCCCUGGUUUGACAUUGAAGAAGACAGAUGGCAUCAUUGAUAGGGUCUUACAUGAUUCGUUUGGAGGCUACGACGCUGGCAGUGCCAACUCUGCGAUUGUUCCGUUCCGCGACGCCUUCAGCGACAUCGUCUUGGCCGAAGAGCUGCCUAUAGCACUGGUUCAUUGUCUGCGCGCAGAUAAAAUGACUUCAAGAGCUGCCGCGACAAUAUCUGCUCGCGUUUUAAGAGCGGGGGGAAGCGGAGCUUGGUCACGGUCGGCUUCUUGUCUUGGUACGGAAUUGUCGUCACAGCUGGUAAGUGCUUCUCAUGUAGAUCGCGUUGCGUGGAAGCUGCAAGAGGCUCGUCUCCGAUGGUUGUCCAGCCAUGAUGCAGCUUCUCGGAAGAUAGCAUUGGUUGCUGUGAAAGACAUAAUUUCUUCAGAACUCGGAGGUCGCCCGGAAAGCGGAAAUUCUAAUGUUUCGGAAGAUGCAACACCGCCUCAAGCAGUGGUAUGGGAUGCAGUAGCAGAUGACUGCGACAAACACGCUUUCUUAAGGUCAGAGGCAUGUCGCUUGGCCGCGAUAUGGUCUCUUGACAUGAGAACGCAUGAGCCUAUGAAUUUAUUUGAAACUUUCUUGGAGUCCGGUUUACAAGCAGUUCAUGCAUCAGCGGAAGCAAAGCAUUUGGCAUGUCCUGCCCACAUGGCAAUGGCUACGUUCGCGGAUGCUCAGUUGGCGAACAUUGACGCCUAUCGGAAGACAAGGAAGUACGACGAAAUGGUGUCAUCGCUGCGAGCAGCUGAGGAAAAGAUAUGCAAGCUAAAGGCAAUGAAGAGUAAACGCCAGGCGAAACCAAAAAAAUCGUCACGGCGUAUGAGACGUUCAAGCAGAUCAGAAGUAACAUCUGGUGCGACAACUGAUCAUCAAAUCGGUCGCGACCUACAAAUGCUGAUUAACAACGAAGCAAGAAAAGCUAAGUUGGAUAGGUUGCGGUUGGAGAAUUUGAAUGACUUGUACAGAAAGUGGCAAAUAAUCGCCUGCAAGCAUUUUGCCUCAAGCCUUCGAGACGGAAACGCCCAGGACCUAAGAGCAGCCUUUCGUUUUGUGGCGCUAUGGUUGGAUGCGGGUCAGAUGCGAAACACGAUUACUACGGAAUUAGCUAUAGACACGGAUGGCGUUGAUAUCGGGGUCCCUGUGUCCAAGUUAUUGCCUCUGGCGCCGCAGCUUUCGUCUCGACUAAGCCCGCUUGGAAACAUUGGCAGCGGUGCGUUUCAGAUCGCGUUAUCGAAUACUGUUCGGCAAAUGGCAGAAGCGUUUCCCGCUUACUGUAUCUGGCAACUAGUGGCUUUGUCCAAUUCUACAAGGAUAUCCGUGAAUCAAGAGAUAUAUGCAUCCUUAUAUCUUGGAGACAAGGACAAAAAAGAGGCAGCAGACAAAAUUUUGAAUGACUUAACGGCAUUGCAUGGAGACGCUGUUCGAGACAUGAAAAAAGUUGCAGAUGCAUAUAUUUUACUUUCGGAGACUACCGACUCGCAGAAAAGUAGAGGCUAUUUAGAUAUGAGCAAAUCUCUGCUACUGAAGUUAGGUGAACUGGAGAAUGUGCCAGUUCCAACUGUGCCCUUGCCAUUGAAUGCCAGCGAUUAUCGGGGUGAUCUGCCUCACAUAGUGAAAUUCGAGAGGAAGGCUAGUGUGUGUGCGGGGCUUAGCAAGCCAUUGCGGAUUGUUUGUUAUGGAUCAGACGGAAAGAGUUAUCCGCAAAUGGUGAAAGGUCGGGAUGAUCUUCGCGGAGACGCUGUCAUGGAACAAUUAUUCACCAUCCUGAACAGCCUUCUGGAGAGAGAUGCCGAUGCGGCGAAACGGAGCUUGCUGGUACGUACGUAUCGAAUUGUUCCUUUGUCGCCAUUUUCCGGUAUUAUGCAGUUUGUUAGCAAUACGCAGCAGUUCAAGGAGAUUCUCACGGAGAAAAAUAAGUCGAAUGGGCCGCACCGUGGAGGCGCAUCAUUGCAUGAGAGGUACCGACCGAAUGAUAUGAAGCAUGAGAAGAUUUUUGAGAAGGCUUUCCAGUUCAAGUCACGUGAAAACCAGACAAAGCGGAUUCAGUUUUUGGCAAAGGUUUGGCAUGUUUUUCAACCUGUGUUCCACUUCUUUUUCUUAGAACAAUGGCCGGAUCCGGCGGAAUGGUUUUCGCACCAACUCGCAUAUUCCAGAUCUGUGGCAGUUAUGAGUGUCGUAGGUUUCAUUUUGGGGCUCGGAGAUCGCCACCUCUCCAACAUUCUUUUAGAUAUCGUUACCGGAGAGGUAGUGCAUAUUGAUUUUGGUAUAGCUUUUGAGCAGGGAAAACUCCUUCCAACUCCUGAACGCAUGCCGUUCCGCCUAACCCGCGACCUUGUGGAUGGAUUUGGUAUAGCUGGCGUCGAGGGAGUGUUUCGCAGAUGUAGCGAGGUGACUCUGUCAGUGAUGCAGCGGAACAAGGACGUACUCUUGACAAUUGUAGAAGUCUUGCUUCAUGACCCGAUGUUUAACUGGGCUCUAACACCAGAAGAAGUUCUUCGGGAACAAAACUCGAGGGACGGCAGCGAUCAAGAUAUAUUUGAGUCGGACGACCUCUCAAGGUCUCUUGAUGAGUCGGCAGUCGCCCAAAAGGUGAACAAUGAUAUCAGUGGAAGCACCGAGGCUCAUCGGGCUCUAAACCGCAUCUCGGAGAAGCUGGAUGGCCUGGAAGGAACGGAACGAUUGUCUGUUGAGGCCCAUGUCGCUCGUUUGAUAGAUGAAGCUCAAGCUUUCCAUGUAAUAGCAGCGGUAUACCCUGGAUGGGCACCAUGGUUGUAA